AUGAACAGACAAGACACACUUUUCACAGUACCCGGUGAAGAAUGGAUAUUUCGACGGGAACAUCCAGUUGCUCGAUACAUUCCCGGGGGAUUUUCACCAUCGAGGUGCAUGAAAAUUUCAGGCAGGGCGAUGACUUAUGCCAUCUUCCUCUUUUCGGGAUGUGCCAUCCUCUUCUUUGGAUACGACACAGCAGUAAUGAGUCAAGUCAACAACAACGACGACUAUAUGCAACGCAUGGGAGUGGCUAGUGGAAGCGACCGUGAUGCUGCAGCCAUUGGUGGUCUAGUUAGUUUGUGGUUUGGAGGCUUUGCGAUUGGGGCGUUGAUCGUGGGCUACAUCGCCGACUCCAUCGGUCGCUUGAAGACAAUCCAGCUGGGAUGUUUAUGGGGCAUACUUGGGGCCGGUCUGUUAGCAUCAGCAGAAAACAUGACUUGGCUCGCAUUUGCCCGAGUCAUCAGCGGUGUGGGAUGUGGCCAUCUGAACACGAUGGUCCCCGUCUGGACAUCCGAGCUGGCAGACCCUCACAUGAGAGGUGCAUUUGUGGCAGUUCAAUUUACCCUCGCAAUGAUCGGGUCUACUAUUGCAUACUGGAUGGAGUAUGGCUGUCUCAAGUCUCAAACAAUGUCCUUUGCAUGGCGCUUUCCUCUCGGGUUUCAGAUCGUCUUUCUGAUCCUUAUCUUGAUCGCGGCUCCAUUUUAUCCUGAAUCACCUCGAUAUCUGGCCAAGAUUGGUGAUCUGGAGGGAGCAAGAACAGUGCUAGAGAAGUGUCGUAUCAAGACUGAAGAGCAGGCAAUCGAGACCGAGAUGGAGGAGAUCGUUGUUGCCAUCCGCGCCGAAGCCAUGUCCACAUCACACAGCUUCUACAGUAUGCUGUUCACCAAGGAUAAGCUACAUACCCGGCGACGGGUUCUUCUUGGGUCUGGUGUGCAGAUCAUGCAAAAAUUGACUGGAAUCGACUUCAUCGCGGUGUAUGCUCCUAACAUGUUCGCCCUGUCAGGAUUCACGGGAGACAAGCCCGCGCUACUGGCAGGAGGUAACUGGUUUGGAUACAUUGCUAGCCUGGCGCUAUCAAUCUAUCUUUGUGAUCGAGUUGGCCGACGCAAGCUGAUGCUGACUGGGUGUCUUCUCAUGGGGAUCGUCUUGGCCGUUGGAGGCGUGCUUUCCCACGAGACAAUUGCUCAUAAAGACAAUGACCCGGCAACGGCCACCAAAUUCGGUUCUGGCGUUGCAGCAAUCUUAUACAUCUACACCUUCAUCUACGGCAGUACUUGGCUAACCACUUGCUGGGUUUACCCGACAGAGGUAUUCCCCCUUGCAAGCCGUAGCAAGGGAGCCGCAUUGGCAACCUUUGCCUUUUCUAUCGCCGGAGGCACCAUUAAUAUGAUCAUUCCAUAUCUUAUUCAAGCAAUUGGCUUCUGGGUUUUCAUUCUAUUUGCUCUGAUCAACCUGGCGUUGCUAGCUCCUAUAUAUCUUUUCUAUGUUGAAACUGCAAAUCGCCAUCUUGAGCAGCUCGACAUUCUCUUCUCGAGCGAUAGUUGUCUGGCUUGGAGAGCGGAAAAGAACUUUAUUCAAAAAUUGAAUGAACAGGGCGGAAUCCUAGGAGAGAACAACGAGAAGGGAGCUGUGGAGCAAGUGGAGUAA